CUUUUCAAAAGCUUGACAACCUGAUCGACACAUCGAGUGCCAUGAAUACCCGCAUGCCGCAUAAUUAAUUGCUUUUUCUGUACCACUUGAUCUGUGUAAGGUCCAGCCAGCCAGCCACCCAAACGUCAAGGUGAGAUGCUGCAGAUUUCCGGUCUGGUUAAUGAUCGUCAGUAGAGGCGUUUAACACUUUUGGGCUAUUGAAAACGGUAUCCUCGGGUUGAGAAGAUAGUCUACACUUUGACGCCUUUUACUAAGACACGGCCUCGCGACAAGAACCAAAUCAACAAACGGUGCCUCGGCAUUUAGCACUAGCAUAUCAUUUUCUUACAGGGAAAAUUCAUCUGUUGAACUCGCUGUCAAAGCCACCAACCCACAAACAUUCGGAGACAGUUUCGACUACUGCAGAGACCAAGACAAAGCCACAAGGUCUCGCCGUUGUAUCGUCCCGCAAGAGGGAUCCCGGCUUCAUAGCAACUCACAUCCAAUCAGAAGCCCAAGUGAGUAAUUUUCGUGUUGGGCCCUUCAGCUCGACAUAGAACCUAGACCGACCAAGAUUGGAUAUCGUAGACCACCAUCCUCUCAACCCGAGAAAUACCUCUUAUAGUUUCCUUUGCCGCUCCUUUUCUUGUUUCUUCUUCUUCCAGAAACAAUAGUUCUUUUUGACAUUCCAUCUAUCUGGCGACCCUUUAGCUGCCGUCGGCAGUGCUUCCAUUUAUGCCGUGCACGACUCGCGCGCUUGCAUCAUCCUGCCACUAUCGCCGUUGACGUCCAACGCCAAAGGUUUGGGGCCACACAAUCAUCGCUGUUCCGUCUAUUCCUGCAUUUGCCAGUAUCGGAUUUCAGAAUUCCCGCCAAGGGAUAAUACUUCUUGCGACCUCGAGACCUCUAGGGGCGACAUCACCAAGAUCACCAGCACCACAUGGCUGAGGACUAUGCCUAAUCUAGAUACGCCCGGCCUCUCAAAAUAUUCAUUUAUUCAGGGCAUAUCCUGAAAAUACUGGGUGCCAUAUCCUCCCUUCUAUGGCCUAUACAGGCUGUUGGAUCUCUUAACCCGAUCGACCGCUUGGCCUAUCCAUCAAAGACCCUCCACUAAUCCAUAUCAUUCAUCAAAUUUCCAACUUGAUUGUUGAAAUACGCUCAGCUUCGUGGUUCUUACGAGCCUCACAUACAUCAAAUCAUGUCAUCUUCUACCAGAUCAGCCACAGACACACCUGUCAGCCCCAGGUCAUCAGCUUUCAUACCACGCCACCCACAAUCUGAAUAUGAUUCGUCUCUCUGUGGAAACGAUAGACCAAGGACUUCCAUGUCAUCAACAAACACGAGAAAGUCCAGGAAGGAGAAAUCACGAUGGUUCACCCAAGUCAAGGAUUGGUUAUCAGUGGCUGAGCCAUCAGCGCAAGCCAUGAAGGAACAAAAGAAGAACACAUACAGACGGCACAAUAUCGACAUGAAGGAUCCUCAAGCGGCAAUCAAGCUGCAUUUGCCUAUUGGCAAAAUACCCGACAACGCCAUCACUUCGACACGAGGACCCAGCCCUGAGAAGGCACUUGAGCGCGCACGGCAGCAACGAGAAGAGACGCGAUCAUAUUCAGGUCUCAGUCAAGCGUCUCACUCGGUCUCGAGUAGUAUCAGCACCAUCCCCAGUGCCAAGGACUACAACCCUGUUACUCCUUGGGACAAUUGAGGUCAGAAGCAAUAUUUUUUAAUGGGGUAAUGUGUAACGAUGUAUGAAAUAAGGAGAUUGGGGAUUAUACGCUGGUUACUUUCCUCCGCCGUAGAUGCUAGAGGUUCAUAUGGAAUGUGGUCAAAAACGAGAGAUACAGAGAUACCUUGUCACGAUUGCGGGAAGGUGGAUAAUUUCUAGCGUACUCAUUGUCACUCUUCAGUUUGCUGCUCACGAUACGGAUUUAAUAAAUAAUGUUGGGCGUAUGGCUUUGAUGCCAUUAUUACUCUUGAGUUAAAUUGGAAGACUGUACCAAGAAGUGAUAAUUGCUCUAAGACACCUG